AGGAUUUCUUUCCCUCUCCCUCUCUAAUCUCAGCUACUUUUGAUUCUUUACCCGUACCGGAAGGAUCGAAUGUACCGAUAGGUUCUAGCUACUGCUGAUCCUUUUUGGUUCUUAAAAUCAGUAAUCAACAAAAAGUAGGGAUUUUCGAAUUCUGGAAGAGAAAAAUGAGUGUUACUUUGACUGUAAUGACAUUCAAUCUCCACGAUGAUCAACCACCAGAGAGCUCAAAUUCUUGGGAGAAGAGGAGGGACUUGUGUAUCAGUGUCAUCACUAGCUACUCUCCCGCGAUUCUCUGCACUCAGCAAGGUGUGAAAUCUCAGUUGGACUUUCUUCAGCAGGGCUUGCCUGGCUAUGGCCAAUUCGGGGUUUCAAGAAAAGGAUCCAGAGACACAUCAGAUGAACACUGCACAAUCUUCUACGACAAGGAGAAGGUUGAGCUGUUAGAAGGAGGCACAUUUUGGUUAUCAGAAUCACCUUCUGUCCCGGGAAGCAUGUUGUGGGGUUCGAUCGUUCCGCAUAUUGCAACGUGGGCGACAUUCGAACUGAAAGGAAUCGAGCCUCCUGGGUUCUCAUUUCAGAUAGUGAAUACGAGCAUGGAUGAGCUCAACCCUCGUGCUCGUAGACGAAGCGCUUUACUUACAUGGCAGCACAUUGCAUCCUUACCUCCUAGCUUGCCAGUUAUAUACUGUGGAGGUUUCAACACAGAAAAGGAAUCAACUACUGGUCGUUUUCUUCUUGGGAGAUCCAGAGAAAAAGGUGCAGUUGGGGACAUGAGAGAUACAUGGGCGAUUGCUCGGGCGAGGAAGAAUGUUUCUCUGAUUCGAACAUAUCAUGGCUUCAAAGGUGACAAACAGGGAGCUUUUGAAUUUUUCAAGUUGAUUCUAAGAGCACUCUGCCUUUGCUGGGAUCGCCAGACCCAAGAUCUACAUGUAGAUUGGAUUCUUUUCAGAGGUAGAUCUUUGAUCCCUGUCGUGUGUGAAGUGGUAAACGAUAAUAUCGACGGAUUUUACCCGUCGUCUCACUACCCUUUGUUUUCCGAAUUCAUGCUUCCUCGUACCGUCAGAAUGCUCGAAACAACAACUACUCAAGAGUGACACUAAAUCACCAUUUGUUAUAACUCAGAAUUCUCCAUUGUUCUCUGUUUAAGCUCCAAAUGAUGUGUUUGUUGAUGUAGAAGUUCAUGUUUAUAGCAGCAAGUUUUCUCUA